CGGUGCGAAAGUAAACGCCGAUUGGAUGGACAGGUAGUAGUGAUUACCGGCGCCAACACUGGUAUCGGUAAAGAGACUGCAUAUCAAAUGACAUUACGUGGCGCUAAAGCAAUCAUUGGAUGUCGUGAUGAGAGUCGAGCCGAGAAUGCGAUCAAAGAUAUAAAGCAAAGGAACCCAAAGGCAGACAUAUAUUCACUUCCGUUAGACUUGUCUUCACUUCAAUCCGUCCGUCAAUUCGUGAUCGAAAUCACGAAACGGGAGACAAAAGUAGAUAUACUUAUAAACAAUGCGGGCAUCGCUUUCACUCCCGAAUGGGCCACCGCUGACGGGUUUGAGAUGGCUUUCGGGACCAAUCAUUUGGGACACUAUCUGUUAACGCUAUCACUAUUACCUAUAUUGAAAAGCCCCGGACGGCCGGCACGUAUACUUACCGUGUCGUCAGGUGCGCACGUGGUGGGAAGCAUACACUUUGAGAACAUACAUCUCCGGAACGGGGCUUAUGAGUCCCUAAAAGCAUACGCCCAGAGCAAACUGGCCAACGUGUUGUUCACCAGGGAGUUGGCCCGUAGGCUGGGCCCGGAUAGCGGGGUUCACACGUUUUUUGCGAUUAUAUUUAAUAUCAUAGCAAUUAAUGUGAUAAAGGGCUGUCAGACAACCCUCUACUGUGCCCUCGACGAGGGGUUGGAUAACGAGUCGGGCUUUUACUACGACAAUUGUCGACGAGUGGAUGCAAUGGUGUCGACGGCUACUGACGAUAAAAGUGCGGAACAGUUGUGGCAAUUGAGUGAAGAGUUGGUCCGACUCGAAGAGCAUUUAAAACUUCCCAAAUAG